CCGAUCGCGGGUUGCUGCAUCAGCAAAGCUCCCAACGCCAUCCACGCCGCGCUGGUCGUCGAGGUCGACGUCGCACACACACGAGCAUCGUAGACUCAGCAUGAUGCACUUUCGCUAAUUUCUCUUCCCGUUCAGAUCCGCUUGGCAAGAUUCUCGGGAAACUGAAAGCAGUCCAUCAUCGCCAACUUCACCGUCACUUCCCAGCGAUUAUCCGGCGCUGAUCGGAAGCGAUAAUGUCGCCUCAGGACAACAGCUCGCUCAAGCGCGGAAGACAAUCCACUGGCGAAGUUCACGAUGAGCCCAAGAAGCCGCGAAGAUCGAAUCGGCUGUCUGGUCCCGAGGACGUGAAGCAAGGCCCAUUCCCAUCACCCAUCACGAACCAAGACACUGCCUCGACGGCGAACGAGACAGCAUCACCUCCGCCGUCCAAGAAGGAGCGCGAACAGCGAACGCCGCCAGCCAGCAGUCCACCUCCAUCACAGCGUUUUGCCGGCCUCUCUUCACCGUACGGCGACACCCAGCCCUACUCUCAGUUCUUGACACCGGCGCCAGUAACGUACGAAGUUGAGGACGAGGAGGGCGAGGGAGUAUGGGGCUAUCUUGUGCCGGCAGAGGGCCACACAGCUGCCCUGACGUUGCGUAAACGCGCUGCAUGCCCAGUGCCGCUCCACAGCACAGGCAAGCCCAAUGGGCGGCAGAAAGUCAAGAAGGGAGAAUGGAAAAAGCAAGAGGAAGCGUACGAAGCUGAUAAGGACGCAAACGGUGUGCCUGCUGGCGGAUAUCUGAUCGGACGACAUCCAGAAUGUGACAAGAUCGUGAAAAGCGCAGUAGUGAGCAACAGGCAUUGUUUGAUCUUCGCCGAGAACAAAUCUGGCGCCACCACUGCGGUGCUCGAGGAUCUGAGCGGAAAUGGCACAUAUGUCAAUGAUCAGCUCAUUGGACGCAACAAGAGACGCGAGCUCCAAGACGGAGACGAGAUCUCGAUCGUGAGCGAUGCACGAUUCAUCUUCAGGUACCCUCGGACCAAAGAGAGUGGCAGCGGUUUCCGCCAACAAUAUACCAUUCAAGGUCAGCUUGGCAAAGGACAUUUCGCGACCGUGUACCUCUGCUGUGAGAAGAGCACUGGUAUGCGCUAUGCUGUAAAGAAGUUCGAAAAGCGGAGUGGACCUGGUGAAAAGAGUAAAGUGGAAGGACUACAACAGGAGAUUGCGGUCCUCAUGGGAGUCAGUCAUCCGAAUGUGCUCUGUCUUAAGGAGACGUUCGACGAGGCCGAUGGUGUGUACCUGGUCUUGGAGUUGGCGCCGGAGGGAGAACUGUUCAACUGGAUAGUCAUGAAGCAGAAGCUCUCAGAAGUGGAGACGCGUAAGCUCUUCAUCCAACUAUUCCAGGGGAUCAAGUAUCUGCACGAGCGAAACAUUGUGCAUCGGGACAUCAAGCCCGAGAAUAUUCUGAUUGUCGACAAACAGCUGAACGUCAAGAUUGCUGAUUUUGGUCUGGCGAAGAUCAUCGGCGAAGAGUCUUUCACUACUACACUCUGUGGCACGCCGUCAUACGUCGCACCCGAGAUUCUUGAACAGACCAAUCGCCGUCGCUAUACCCGAGCUGUCGAUGUCUGGAGUUUAGGCGUGGUACUGUAUAUCUGCCUGUGCGGCUUUCCUCCAUUUUCAGAUGAGCUCUAUUCGCCAGAGAACCCAUACACGCUGAGCCAGCAGAUCAAGAUGGGUCGCUUCGACUAUCCUUCGCCGUAUUGGGACUCAGUCGGCGAUCCAGCACUCGACCUCAUUGACCGCAUGCUCACAACAAAAGUCGAAGAUCGUAUCACAAUCGACGAAUGCCUGGAACACCCCUGGAUUACGGCUCGCACCAUCAACCCCACCGAUAGUACCGAUGGCUUGACAGGUGCGAUCGGUAACCUCGAUUUCUCACAGCGCAAACCACAGCGAGAGCGCACUUUGCUCGCGGCCAUCAACGAUGUCAAGGUGUCACGCGUUAUUGAAGCUCAGCCGGAUGCGCCGCCGAUCAAAGUCUGGGAGAAGAAUUCGCAAUCACGCUUUCACACUCAGCGACCUGCGAGCCAGCCGAAGUCGAAGAAGAUUAAUGGUCAUUUCGAGCGCACGGUGGAACCUGCUCCGGAUGCAGCCCGUGACCCAAGAGAAUUCAUGGAAAUGGGCGGCAAAGGCGAUCAGCAAUUGUUUGACACCCCUGCUAAUGGUGAAAGCAUCUAUCCUGACGAGAGUAUGAAGGCCGGCGCUCCAGAAGAGACGUGAAGAAUCCAAGAAGAUUGAAUGAUUUGUUGGGCUGCUUUUCCUGGCAUGCCAAGGGUUUAUGCAGUCCCGAGCUUUUGCAGUCCCAGUGGACCGACGUACUGUUGAUGAUGAGAUGUAAUAUAAAUCGCAAGAGGAUGGCCGUACAGUUGAGCUAUAGACAGACGUGUACAGGCGGUAUCUG